CAGAUCCAAUGCAUUGCAAAAGAUAUAAAACGUACAACCAGCAAAAUGUUUCAAAUGGUUUAAAGAGAUCCCAGAGCUGGGGGAAUAUUGCAACGUUAAGCAUCUGGAGAAAAUUUUGACAGGAGUCCGGGUAAAAGGACAACUGUAACAAAGACCGCUCGCUGGCUGCGAUCUCAACCCGGGGGCCAUGACCACAUCUCAGCCGUCCACACUGGGGGAGCUGCAACUCUACCGGGUCCUCCAGCGGGCGAACCUUCUCCUCUACUACGAUGCCUUCAUCCAGCAAGGAGGAGAUGAUGUCCAGCAGCUGUGCGAUGCGGCGGAGGAGGAAUUUCUGGAGAUCAUGGCGCUGGUGGGCAUGUCCAGCAAACCGCUGCACGUCCGACGCCUCCAGAAGGCCUUGCAGGAGUGGAUCACAAACCCCUCGGCCUUCAACCAGCCCCUCACCAAGUUGCCAGCGAGCAGCAUUCCCAUUGCCAAAAUCUCAGACCCCAACUCCGCCAGUGCCCAACAGGAGCAUCCGUCGCGGCUGACGCAGAACAUGGCUGGCGCGCAGGAGAUCGGCAACAACCACGCCUCGCCGCGGCGGACGGAGACCUCGUCACAGACGGAGCCGGUGGCCUCGGGCCAGCACCUGCCCACCAUCUCCAACGUCAUCACGGUGACCAAGGAGGAGCCCCACUCUCCGCCCAAGGACGGCCCGUCCCUGCCCCUCACCCAGGACGUCAUCCAGAUCAUCGCCGCCUGCGCUGAGCGCCUCAUCCAGACCGUGCCCAGGAUGGAGCCCAAGGAGCUGGAGUGCAUCUUCAUCAGCAACAAAAAGAUGGCCAAAACCCUUGGCCACAUCUUUGAGAUGAGCGACCAGGAGCCACAGAAGGAAGAGGAGAUCCGGAAGUUCAGCGCUAUCUACGGGAGGUUUGACUCCAAGCGGAAAGAUGGGAAAAAUCUCACGUUGCACGAGGUAAUGGUUAAUGAAGCGGCCGCACAGCUCUGCAUGAUCGACAGCACUCUGCUGGCCAGGCGUGACGAACUCUUCCCACUAGCCCGACAAGUAGUCCGAGACUCCGGGUACAAAUACAGUCACAGGUAUUCCAGAUCCAAGUUUAUAGAUACACCGAUUCCUAAGAGGCCACGGCUGGAUCCCAAUGGUCAAUAUCUGCGGGAUGAAGUGCACACUCGGACAGUGCAGGCAGAGCUGAUGAAGCUGAAGAGACAGGAGCGGCUGCUGGAGAUUCAGGCUAUUCUGACUGGCAUCUACCAGAAACAGGAAACCCUCAAGUCCAAGAUCAUGCACGAGGAGCUGAGUAAUAACGUGACCGAGGUCCACGAGCUGCAGCUGGAGCUGGAGAAGGUCACCACGGAGCAGCUGUCGCUAAUGCAGGAGCAGAACGACCUCAUCAAGAAGCAGAAGCGAUCGGACAAGUACUUCUCGGCGAAGGCGCGCAGCCUGUCCCUACUGGGGAUGCAGCAGGUAGAAGAGGAAGAUGGCGGAAUGUCGGAAGGAAGCGGAGAUGAUGUGUCUGAGGACAUGACCUCGAACUCCAGUCUGGCACCAUCUCCCUGCCCCUCGGAUAUUCCCGGCACCUUCAGACCUUGCCAGAGCAAAACCAAGCAGAUGAUUCAGCUGGCGUUGAUUGACGAGGGGCUGCGGGUGGCUCAGCAACACGCCUCACCCAGUACGGAGGAGGGCGAGAGGAUCAGCCCUAGGAUCAAGCAGGAGGCCUUCUCCGAGGAUGAAGAAAAUUACAAAGAGGAGUCUGACAUUACAUCAAACCGCAAUUCAUGAACCUUUCACAUAGUAACUAGACAUUUUUAAAAAUGUAAUGAAUUAGGUUUCUUUUUUAAUUCAUUCAGGUACAAAAGUAUUUAUUCAUUUUUUUCUAAUUAAAAAAAUCAUGUUUUUUUUUACUUGCUUGUUUAACUUUGAAGAGCUUGGAGUAUUUCGAAGUUAUUUCUGUACAUACUGACGUUUGCUAAACCAGCAUCCGAACAGUCAGUGACAUUUCCUUCUAUUUUUACACAAAACUUCAGGAAUUAGUGUUUUGCCUUUUUAGUUUUUCUCUCUGUACAUGUAUGUCAUACUGUGAUUGUCCAGUUUCCGACAGCAAUAACACAAUAAAUAUUUACUGCUUUGUGACACUCGGUGCUUAAGGUGGGUCAUGUCUUCUGUUUUCCACAGUCCCUCUCCUGUCUUGACUCACUAAGUCUGUGUUUAGAACAUAGAACAGUACAGCACAAUACAGGUCCUACAGUGCCAACCUUUAAACCUCGCCUAAGACUAUCUAAUUCCUUCCUCCCACAUAUCCCUCUAUUUUAAAUUCCUCCAUAUGCUUAUCUAGCAAUCUCUUGAAUUUGACCAAUGUACCUGCCUCCACCACCGCCCCAGGCAGCGCAUUCCAUGCCCCAACCACUCUCUGGGUAAAAAACCUUCCUCUGAUAUCUCCCUUGAACUUCCCACCCAUUACUUUAAAGCCAUGCCCUCUUGUAUUGAGCAUUGGUUUACCUCCAGAAGCUGUGAUUAAAGGUACAAUAUCAGUGCUACGUGAGCCAGUGUUGGCCUUCGAGGACAGCCCAGCUCUUCUUAACACAACAUCUAUGCACAAGCAGGA